CGAUUCGUUGAAAAUUAGAAAUUCUGUAGGCCUUGCUUUUAGUAUUAACAAUAACGAGAACACGUAUUUCCCGUGAUAGCACGAGAUCUCGCAGUGCAUGUUGAUGGCACGUGCACGUGAUAAUGGCGUUUCGCUUGGACAUGAAUGAAAGUGUGAAACGAAAGCAUUUGUGCAACUUUACACUGUGUUGUUCCGUUGUUCUACACUGUGGGACGUUAUCAAACAUUAUAUGCAGUAAUGUUAUUUCCGAUUUCGGCGAUGAUUGUAAUUGGAACGAGGUACUCGAGUCAUUAAUUACGCAUUGUGACCGUUCAAAAAGCGGAAACGACUUGUUUCGAUUGAUGGAAUCCGACAAACGUUCAGUGUCUUUGACUUCAACAUUGAAUGGAACAGAUAUGUUUUAUCCUAAUAUGCAGGAGAAAAUAAGUGUCGUGCAUCACUUUGACAAAUGUUUAAAGUACGCCAAAUUUGAAAUUGAACGAUGUGUUACGGAACCGUCAAACGACGAGAGUUCUUUGUUGACCGGCGGCGGUGUGAACGCAUUUCGAAGGAUGAUGGACGCUAGAACCGAAACGAAACCACCGCCACUAAAGGACGUCAGAAGUGGUAGAUUCACAGCAAAAGACAAACUCUACAAUGACGUAUGUGUGGAACUGAAACGAUCUGAAGCAGAAUUUCCAAAAUCUCUUCUCCCUGAUGAAGUUAUGAAGCAGGUUGGGGCGAUUGUUGACCUGCUCUGGUACAUUGAUGGGAAUGUAUCUACUAUUCAGGAAAGGUCUACACACGUACCAACAGAGAUCACACCAGUGCCAAAUAGGUUCUUGAAGUUUGAAGGCUACAAUGAUUGGAGGAAAAAGAAGUCAAAGAAGCCACAGCUACAUGCAAAAGAUCUUGAUAUGCAUAGCCAAAUCGUAUUUCGUUUGACAAGCAAGCCCUCUGUACAAGUUUGGAAUAAUGAACUUAAAAAUGAUUUAAAUUCCUUGGCAGCUUCCCUCAGCUCUUAUGCCUCCUACUUGAAGUCGAGCAACAUCAAGCAGCAAACUAGGCAACAACAGCUUUAUCCAGUUCGACAGGUAACUGAUAAUGUAUGGAUUGAGUACAAACCUGCUUCAGCAACAACAGUAGCACCAGAGUAUGCAAUUUUAGAAACAGCAUUAGGCGAGUUAAAAGACUUUGAAAUCCUAUUCUUUGAUCCAGAUGUACACUGGAUCACAAAAGUAUCAAGAAAAGUACAGAUUUUUUGA